UUAAAGUCUAUGAGUCUAUGAAUUUCCCCCAACCAAUUUUACUAAUUCAAAAUGGCAAAUGUCAUUCCCACUUCCCGGGGGUGCUGCAAGGCUGAAUUCAUUAAUUCUUGUAAAGUGCUUUGCAGUUCCACGGCCCCUCAGGAUCUCAAAAUAUUGUCACUGUUCUUUCAUCGUAUCAAUAUUGUUGGAAAUGAGGGCGUUGCUUGGAAGAGGAAAAGCCGGGAGGAGCAUAUCCAGGCACUGUUUAGAACUAAUACUUUAACAUUAUUGGCUACUACGGUCGUUAGGUAUUUAGCUAGUUAGAACUUGGAGUGAAAGAUCGCUGCAGGGGCAGACAUUAGAGGGUGCCGUAUAUGAAAGGGAACUAACUGUCCACUUUAAGAUAUUCAUCUGUCUGUUGUAGUGUCCCAUGUGUCAAGUACACAGCCUUCCUGGAGUAGCUGUUGGUCUGAUGAUUGCAUAUGUGAGAGCAAAUAUGACAUAAGUAGGAGAGAGAGAUUCCUGUCUUAAUGGCUCUUCAAGCAUCCUGGACGACCAGCUGCUGCCAAGCAUUCCAAGUAGGUGGGGGGGUUGGACUGAGUCUUGGGACCCUGUUCCUGCUUCCUCUGAAGUCAAUGGCUCAGCUCCCAUUGUGCUCAGCAUGGCAGGCCCGAACACUCAAUGUCCAUAUGGUGGGCAUUUUCCAACCAACAUAGCAGCCGUGUCCUGCCUACCAUGGGUCAGAAGUUCUUGAAUGAGUCAGUGUUAGGCAGGCAGACAGGUUACUGCGCACCUGGGCUGGGUCCCUUGUGUUUCCUGGGAUCCUGGGAUGCCAGAGGAGGAUGGUGGAACCAGUUUUUCUGCUCUGGCAGUGGAACUGGGGAGGAGACAGUACAAAAUGACAAGACAGGAACUGCAGAGCUACUGCUACCAGCUAGAAACUUGGGAGGCCGCUUGCCUUUUCCCCUGCCAGGUGUUCUGAAUCGACGUGCGAGAGCCAGGUAGCUGCUGCAGAAUGUCUUCCAUCUUAAAGAUGUUCGGAAGAGAAGACAAGAAGGAUCAGGGCAAAGAGAAGGAGAAAGACAAGAAGGAAGAGAAGGAGAAAGACAAGAAAGACGGAGACAAGAAAGACAAGAAAAAGAAGAAGAAAGAAAAAAAGGGAGAGGGAGAUGAAGAUGACAGCAGCAGCAGCAGCAGCUCCGACAGUGAUUCUGAAGAGGGUCACCAUGGCGACAAGAAGAAAAAAGAGAAGGAUAAAGAAUAACUUCUGAGGAGCCAAUGGAGGCCACAUUUGUGUUUCCUGCCUUCGCCCAGGUGCUGGGUAGUGUGAAGGAGAAGGGGAUCAAUUGGGAAAAACUGCACUUGGUGCUGAGGAUGUUUCAUCCAAAUAAAGUUGUUUUAGUACUAAAAA